AUGGGAUGCGGCAGUAGUCAAGUUGAAAGGCCCAAGGAGAAGGAGAAAGGUCCUGCACAGUCCGGCCUCCACUCUCCAGCAGGUUCGUCCCAUCCGCAAUCGGAAGGAGGUGGCCUGGAAGACUUAAGGUCACCUACUGUCUACAUCCACCAAGUGAGGAGCCAUAAUCUUCAGCUGCAGGGAGAACUCCACCCAGGCCCCAUGCUUCAUCAACCAAAUGCUCAAAGACUCAUCGAUCUGCAGCAUAACGACAAUAAGACUUUCUUGGUUUGGAUCAAUGAGGAAGACCACCUCCGUGUCAUCUCAAUGCAGAAAGGUGGCAACAUGAAGGAGGUGUUCAGGCGUUUCUGUGUGGGCCUGAGAAAGCUCGAAGAAAUCUUUGUCAAGGCUGGGCGUGGUUUCAUGUGGAAUGAGCAUCUUGGCUAUGUCCUCACUUGCCCAUCUAACCUGGGCACUGGCCUGCGGGGCGGUGUCCAUGUUAAAAUUCCUCACCUGUCCAAGCACGAGAAAUUCGAGGAGAUCCUUAAGAGGACGAGGCUGCAGAAGCGUGGCACAGGUGGUGUGGACACUAAAGCCGUUGGCAGUGUCUAUGACAUUUCCAAUGCUGAUCGCCUGGGCUUUUCUGAGGUCGAGCAGGUCCAGAUGGUGGUUGAUGGCGUGAAGCUGAUGAUCGAGAUGGAGAAACGACUGGAGAAGGGGAAGAGCAUCGACGACCUGAUGCCAGCCCAGAAGUAAACAAGAAGAAGUGGUGGCAGUCCUGGGAGCUGCCUUGGAACAUCACAGGUCAUGAACUUUGAACUUUGGAGAGAGCUUCUUACACUUGUAGCUCCUAGGCCACAGGCUUGUCUCCCAGAUAAGGAUGACAUCAGUCAAGGAGGCAGAAGGUUGG